GUUUGUAUGUGUACACGCUCACAUACAUACACGCAAGUAUACACACACGCGCGCGCAUGCACACACAAGCAUGCAUAUGGACAUGCAAGUAUACACACACACACACAUUCACACAAAUGCACGCACACCCACACGCACAUGUGCCAACGCACCAUCAUCACUUUCGCUGUCACUGCUGCUGCUGUCGCCACUGCUGCUGCUGCUGCUGUCGUCCUCUUCUGCGCGCCGCUUGGCGCUCUCCUCCUUUUCCUGGUUGUUCAACGUCUUCGGCGUGAGAAACUGAAACACGCCAAGCUGGCUACCGACAGUAGCACAAGCGAUCAUGCACGCCACCACAAGACACCACCAACACCAACACCAAACACAACCAGAACAGCAGCAUCACUGGACUGGAUCCCACCUCUUUGCGAGAGCUCAUCUUUGGUUGUUGUCGUUUGCCUGUCGUUCGCGGUUGUGGACGAUUUGUGGAUAUUUUCAACAAAUUUUCAUCACCCACGAGCGCAGCAAAAAGCAGAGAUGGCACGAAAGUAUCGCAAGUCGCGCACACGCGCAUCGCAGGAGGACGACGCCGCCGCAACUGCAGCAGCAGAGGCGAUCGCAACAGAGCAAGCCGUGGAGCAGCAACAGCCCACCCUUGAUGCCAAGCCCAAGCAGCCGAAGACAAAGAGCAAAAAGCAGAACAGGAAGCAGAACAAGGCCAGCAAGAAGGCUGAGGAUGACGAGCAGCAGGUCGAUGCUGAGCAGGCUGCCACUGCUCCUUCGACCGAGGCCAAUGGCAGCGACGCCAAUGACGGUGGUGACAUUGGUGACGACGGCGCUGGCGACAAGACAACCGACGAUGGCGAGCCGACGCACAAGCGCGCCAAGCUGACGCGGAAGCAGCGAAAGAACAGGAAGAGCAAGAGGAGGAUGAAGAAGCUUCGCAAGAAACAGAAGCACCAUCCUGCCCUUCUCAACUUCAAACCAGACGGUGCCGGCAUUGUGGGUGCACUGUACCCGCUGCUGACUGCAAACGAGCUGCGAACACGCAAUCUUGGCAUCCGCAAGGCGCGUGCGUGGCUGAAGACGCACGCGUACUCUGCCGUGCCCAUGGGGAUUGACGCCCUGCCCCCACUCGAAUACAGCACGGGUGUUGGUGCCGACCAAGAUGAUGAUGGUGAUGGUGAUGACGGUGAUGAUGGUGAUGAGGAGAGUGAGGCGAUGGGUGGUGCUGAGAGUGGAGACGAUGACGUGGAUGAAGAAGGCAUGGACGAAGAGGAGAUGAUGCAGGCCAUGAUGAUGGAGAGCGAUGGCGAGGAUGAAGAAGGCUACGACUACGACGGACCUCAUGGUCCUGGUGUCGGUGAUGAUGGUGACGAUGAGGAGGAGGAGGAGGAGGAUCGCGAGAGCUACAAUGCGGUGACACGGCGCGAGAUGAUGAAGCUGUGUGAUGGUCUGUUCUACACCAUGUGGAUGUGUGACAAGCCCGUCCCCCAGGCACAGCUUGCCCAGCUGCUUGCCGACAUCAUGCUUGACAUCAAGGACGUUGAUCUCGCGCUGCUGUAUGCGUCGUGCUUCUACGCCGUUUUCGAGCAGAAGUGGGGCGGCGUUGACCGAUGGAGGAUGAACAAGUUUUACGACCUGCUGUCUCGCCUGACAAAGGCCGUCUUCCAGUUCUCUGUGCUGCGCCAUCGCAGUGAGCCCGGCGAUGUGAUUCAGGAUGUCACCGCGAUGUUUGCGCACGGCCCGUUCCGAUGCAACCGCAACCCACAGACGAGCCUUGGCCCCGUGAUGCAUCUCAUUGGCACAUUCACGCCGACGCUGGUGGCGGCCGCCUCGUUGCUGUCCGUCUCCAUCCCCGCACCCAUUGUGCACGAGUACCUUGACCUCAUCGUCACGCUCGUCAAGUACCACCCAAGCAAGCUGCUGCGCGGAAGGCUGCCUGGUGUGUUUCAGGCCACGUUCCAGCACAGCCAACUUGUGGACAUGCAGACGGGAAAGAAGCUGACGGCCAAAACAAAGCCCUUGCAGCUUGAUCCCGAGGCGUUGUGCGCGACGUUGUUUGAGGAGGCGACGACGACUGCAAACAUCCACGUACCGCGACGCAGGGCCCUCUACAAAAUUCGCCGCUCCAUCGUGCACUUAUCUGCGCGCCGAAAGGUGAAGGUGAGCAAACCCACGCUCGCUCUCAACGAUGGCGAUGACACAAACGACACCGCCGCCACCAUGAUGACCAAUGAUGAUGGUGAUGAUGAGGGGGAACAUGAAGUGGAGGAGGAGGAGGAUGGUGAUGAUGAUGGUGAUGAUGAUGAUGAUGAGAUGGAGGAAACAGCAGCAGCGAUGGCAGGUGCUGAGGAGGUCGAGGAAGAGGAAGAGCCCGUGAAGCCGACAAAGAAGGGCAAGAAGGCCAAGCAGGGCAAGAAGGCCAAGCAGGGCAAGAAGGCCAAGCAGGGCAAGAAGUCCACCACUACCACCACCAACAACAACAACAACAACAACAACAGCAGCAGCAACAGCAACAGCAACAGCAACAGCAACAACAACAGCAACAACAACAACAACAACAACAACAACAACAACAACAACAGCGCCAAGAAGGGGAAGACGAAAGGAGGAAAGCAGAACGGGAAGAAGAGUGAUGCUGGUGCCCCAACGCCAGCCAAGGUCACUGCCAAUGCCGGUGACCGUGAGGGUGCUGCGCAGGAACAGCAGAAGAGGAAAACGAGGAAGAGGGGCAAGAGCACACGAAAGGGAAAGAAGCAGGAGCAGUAGCAGGCGUGAGGCACCAGUGAUUUUGUUGUUGUUGUUGUUGUUUAAGUUGUUGUUGUUGUUGUUUAAGUU